AUGGAGCAGAGACUGGCCAACACAUGGCGGAUGACGGUGAACGAGUAGAAGUUCAUCGAGACGGCACUGGAGUCCGCCUUGGACUACCGCAGCCUCGACAUCAACUUCGGCAAAGACGAAGGCUCCGCGGAGGUCCACCUCGGCAAAACUCGCGUCAUGGCCUUUGUCACAGCUUUGUUAGGACAGUUAAUCGCAACUUUGUGUGGCAAAAAUCUUAUUGAUGCUGCUAAUAUUGCUGCACUGGCGGGUUUGUUGACGUUCCGGAGGCCCGAGUGCUCAUUAGGGGGAGAAAAGGGUCAGGAAGUCAUCAUGCAUCCACCCGAGAGAGAGAGAGAGCCACUUCAUCUAAUAAUACACCAUCUCCCUAUCGCAGUAACUUUUGGAUUCUUCAGUUAUGAGAGCAGUGUGGCUGUUAUGGGGGGACGAUUGACCGCUACACUUAAUUCUAAUGGUGAUGUUUGUGCCAUUCAAAAAGCUGGCGGGGAGGGCGUCUUGCAGGGUGUUAUAAUGCAAUGUUUGCGAAUUGCUGCUGCCAAGGCUGGUGGAAUCUCAGAUAUGAUAAGGAAAGAGGUUGAUUUACAUAACACAAAAAGAGCAUUACUGAAGAUCAAGCGCCAUUCUUCUGUCCCCAUGGAUAUAGAUAGGGGUGCUUCUAACAUAGGGCUGAAACAGAACUCUUCUGUUGACAAGAUGUGAAUUGAUGAAUGUUCAGGGCAUUAUGUGGAGAGAACAAAGCAGGUUCCUGAGGAAGGCAUUGCCACUCAAAGUGGGGAUGCUGAAAGUGAAAUUAUGCCAGACAAAACAAAAUCUAACAAGAGUAAUGCAGAUACCAAAAUUUUUAUUGGGGGCCCCUCAAGUUGGGAUCCUUACUCAAGGGGUGUUGAUUCAGAUUCCUUGAAAGCUUCUCUAGCUUCUGAAGGUAUGCCGAUGCCUGUUGAGGAACAUAGGGACUCAAAAGGUGAGGAAACAACAAGUGAACCCAAGCCUGAGGAUGCUCCUGAAGAUAACAAUCAAGAGACUUCACCCCUUAGGGAAGCUGAACCUGCUGAAAGAGCAAAGGGAGAGAAAACCCUGAAGGAUGCUGUAGAGGUGAAGAACAGGAAAUCCAAGAAAAAGAGUCGCUCCUCUGCUGGUCCUAGCUAGACAAACUUCUGCUCAUUGCAUGUAUGGGGUCAUUCUGUUCCUAUACCCCUUGUUGGCUAUUUCUUUUCCUAAUAUUAUUUGUUUACCUGGCU